CGGAUCAUGCUGCGUUCUGGUUGUCUGCAGGAGUAAAACCCAUUAUUGUAUGUAUAUCCCUCUGGUGGCAAAAGAGAGAACACAGUUUGAACCACAGUUCGAACCAAUUUAUAAGCAUGAUUAUACCGGUGCGUUGUUUUACUUGCGGGAAAGUGAUUGGCAACAAAUGGGAAGCUUAUCUUGGUCUGCUGCAGGCCGAAUACACAGAGGGAGAUGCACUCGAUGCACUCGGAUUGAAGAGAUACUGCUGCCGCAGAAUGCUCCUCGGACACGUCGAUUUGAUUGAGAAACUUUUGAAUUAUGCACCAUUGGAAAAAUAGACGACGUUCUCAAUAUUCAUCCCCAUACUCUACAUCUUGUACAUUAAUGCAUAUGUUGUAUAUAACUGUAUAAAUUAGUUAAACGAUAAUUGUGGUGGACGAUAAAAAUGAAGCGCAUCGAUUCGUAUGUGUUGCAUAAAUGGCGUUAGAAUAUAGGCAGUAUAUGUUACUAUUUUGUAAACUACCAUGGCAUUCCUUCCGUUCUAUAUGUAAUAAGCAGGAAAAAUAAAUACGCAAAAUCUAUUGUAAAAUGUA